GCGACGUACUUCAACGCUCACGUGACGUCCUGACCCGUCGGGCAGUUCGUGGGGAAUCAUCUGGACAGUAUGGCUGCUGCUGUGGUGUUUAAUCGUCUCCGUACGGGUUCGAAGCUGGGCCCGCAGUACGAUCAGGAGGGAAAUAUUAUCGAGGUUGAAACCCGUGAGGAUGAGGAACAAAAUGUCAAAUUGACAGAAAUUUUAGAAUUGCUGGUUGCUGCUGGAUACUUUAGAGCAAGAAUUAAGGGACUAUCACCAUUUGACAAGGUUGUGGGUGGUAUGACAUGGUGUAUUACAACAUGCAACUUUGAUAUUGACGUUGAUUUGCUUUUUCAAGAAAAUUCUACAAUUGGUCAGAAAAUAUCCUUGACGGAGAAAAUUGUGUCUGUGUUGCCCAAUAUGAAGUGCCCGCACCGAUUGGAACCACAUCAAAUUCAGGGUCUCGAUUUCAUACACAUAUUCCCUGUUGUACAGUGGUUGGUAAAACGUGCUAUUGAAACCAGAGAAGAGAUGGGGGAUUAUAUACGGGCAUUUUCGAUAUCUCAGUUUCAGAAGACACACAGUCUGCUUGAGGAUGAUGACUUCAAGCAAAGGAAAGAUAAGGCUAUGAAAACAGUUAUAGAAGUAUCUGAUGUUUAUAAACCACAACGCAAGUACAAACGUUUGAUUGGAGCUGGAGAGUUGAUCGAUGAAGAGUCGCGAGUCCAUUCUACCCUUCUGGAGUUUGGCCGGAAGUAUGGUUUCAGCAAACAGUCUAAAACUGAAAAGACUGAAGACAAAAAAGUCAUCUUGCCAGCAGGGCUGGCAGCUGGAAUGACUGAACUAUCCGAAGAUGAUAUGGAGGCUGUUGAAGAGCUUCGCAUUAAAACAUUGAUGACGGGAAUGGCAGCAAUGGCAACAGAAGAGGGAAAGCUGACAGCAAGUUCGGUGGGUCACAUAGUAGGUUUGCAAUCAGAGGAAAUUAAACAGAUUGCAUCAGAAUAUGCUGAGAAGCAGUCUGAGCUUUCAGCUGAAGAUCGUCCUGAGCGGCUUGGAGCUGCUCAGCAGUAUCGAAGACAAGUUGUAUCUCUCAAUAAACAAAUCUUGCAAAAAUCAAGACAGUUGGAAGAGUUAAAUAGUGAGAUCCAAGCUACGUGUGAGGAAGAGAAGAAGAAACUAGUGGAGGUUAUGAAUUACGGGGGGAAACUUGAUAAGGAGUUAUUGAAUCUUGAAGCUGUUGAAUCCAAAGCUGAUUCCAGCAUACUAGAAAAGCUGAGAGAGUUGAUCACAAUGAAUGAAGGACUAAAGGAUCAGGAACAACAAUUUAGGAAUCAUUGCAGGGAAGAAAUGGCUCGAUUGCAACAGAAUAUCGAAAACCUCAAGAGUGCAGCAGGGAAUGAGGAAGCUGAAGUAAAGGAACACAGUGAAUUAAUAGAGCAACAGUAUAAAGAAGAUAGAGAAAAGCUUCAGAAAAUACGACUCUUGUUGGCCCGACGGAAUAGAGAAAUUGCUGUUCUGCAACGAAAAAUUGAUGAAGUACCAAGCAGGGCAGAAUUGACCCAAUAUCAGAGACGAUUUGUUGAGCUCUACAAUCAAGUUGCAGCAACUCACAAGGAAACAAAACAAUUUUUCACUCUUUAUAAUACACUUGAUGAUAAAAAGGUGUACUUGGAAAAAGAGGUUAACCUGUUGAAUUCAAUUCAUGAUAAUUUUCAACAGGCUAUGGCUUCCCCAACUACUCGAGAACAGUUCUUGCGUCAGAUGGAGCAGAUUGUGGAAGGUAUUAAGCAGAAUCGCAUGAAGCUGGAGAAGAAAAAGCAAGAAAAUAAAAUGAGACGUGAUCAGCUGAACGAUGAGUACCUUGAACUGCUGGAGAAACAGCGUCUAUACUUCAAAACUGUCAAAGAAUUUAAAGAGGAGUGUCGUAAGAAUGAAAUGUUAUUGACCAAAAUGAGAACAAUGGGGGUUUCCUGAAUGAAUUCACCAGGAAUCCAAUGAGUGGACUUAAUUCUUCCAAUGAUGGCCUUUUAAACACUUUAAAAACUGAACAAUGGGUGCAUGAAGCCAUAUGCAAUUCAUUGCCUUUUUGGAUGUAAUUUAGUCAAAUGCACAGUUAACAAUUUUGUUUAUCAAUGACACUUAUGAGCUGAACAAACCAUUGUAUUAUAUAAAGCAGUCUGCCGCAUAAUAAAAAUAAUGCAAAAUAA